AUGAAUCGCUCUGCACUACCGAAUGGCGGCACGGAUGUCACGGAGGCUAUCAAUACAGCUGAAUUGGAGGCAGAGCGGUAUAUUGCGCGUCUCGAGGAGGAGGUGCAGACACUGAUGAGGGAAGUCUCUGACAAGGAUCGCUACAUUAUCGCGAUGUCUGCUGUGAAGGAUGCGAUGUCACUUGAGCUGCGAGAGCAGAAGAAGCGAGGGGAGCUGAUGGAAAACGAGAGCUCCACACGGCAAAUGCUGAGCUACAGCUUUAUGUCUAUGCUGAGGUUCUAUACCACACAGGCUGAAAGUAGGCGGGCAAUGCAACUGGAAACACAAAUUUCUGGUCUUAAAUACGAGCUGAAGCUUGCCGAGGCCAUGCUAGCGCAGUCGCAGAGCAGCGCUACCGCCGCAGCAUCUCAGCAGCACCAGCAGCUGCUCAAAUGGCAAAAUGAGGAAGACGAGCUGGCCCGCUCUGUCUCCGCCACUUUGCGGCCUCUUCUGCAGGGUGAGUACGAUCGACUGGCGCAGCUGGUGUCGGAAAUGCCGAGCAAGGUGCGGAUGAUGAUGUGUACAGGCUAUACCGCGCCUCAGAGCGAGGAGGAUGAAGCCGCAAGGGGUGCCGCGGUGCCGCCGCAGCAGCAACAGCGGUUGCACGAAAUGUUAGAGUCUCUGCUCGCCUCGCGCGGUGGUGGGACAGGCGCGCUAGUCGAUGCAGCAUCAUCUGCUCCCUGCGCUCCGACCGGCAUCCCAUCGCCACCGCCACUCGCGCUCAGCGGCGUGGACCCAUCUCACCUUGUUCAUCUUGUCUCCCGCGUGUGCCACCACCAUGAGGUCAUGGCAGACCUUUAUUGUGCGGAGGUCGAUCAGAGGAUGGCGUUCGCGCAGUAUGAGGGUGACAUAAUUCGUUUCAUCAGUGCUAAGCAAAUUGCGCUCACCUGGGCAGCGUUGUAUCACGAGAAGAAGGAUGAAGUAAAGCACCUGAACGAGAAGAUUAUGAGCCUGCGUGGAGAGCUCCGGGCCGCUGCAAGGCUGAGCCGGGGAGUCGUUGUCAGCGGCCCGAAUGCGGGCAGCAACAAUAUCACACAGAGCUACGAGGCGUACGCUGCGCCCUACGUGCCUUCUGCUGCACGACUGACAAAUUCAUCGCGCGAUAAGCUUAAACGCCCUUCUACCUCAACACAAAUGAAGCCUCAAUCAGUUGUGGCCAUCAGGAGGCCAAUCGGUGAGCUGCGAGAAGAGGCUCGGCGCCUCGGGGUUCUACCGGCAUCGCACUACCCGCCGCUCGUUACGGGCCCAUCACCGUCAAUGACCUCCUCUGCGUCAAGCAGCCCGUCGGACCUGACACAGACGCUGCCAGGUAAGGACCAAAAGAAUGCGGCGAGUAGAAAGCGCGGUGGUGCUGCCGAGGCGGCGGUGGUGCCUGCUCUUGUGGAAGUGCCCACCGUCGCUAAAGGCUCGAAUAUUGCGUGCAACUCGACUGUUCCCGUCAUUCGAGCCUUACCGUGCCAGUGCGAAAGCGAAGGUACUUCACCGUCGUCGGCAUUGUCACAUCGGGCGUCGCUGGCACGCAGGCACACCGCGCCACGUUCUGUUGCGCAACCGAAGUCGCGGACGUGUGACUCGAGCCAACGCUUCGAGGCCACGGGUGAGCACAGCAUUCCGCGGCCGGUUCUCUCCGACUCCUCCUCGUCCUCGUCAUCUACCAGUGACGUGCUUGCCGCUGGCCGCUCGCAAGUGAAAAAGGCAGCGCUAGGGCGCGGAUUUGCACUGGCGGCAGCGGCGACGAGUCGCUUAGCUUCAUCCUCCUCGGCUUCUUCUGGAUCUUCACUCAGCCACGCCAAGGCACAGGAGGUGGCUGCCAAGCCCACGUCGGGGAGGACCAAACAACAGCCCAAACCGAAAGUGGUGCACAACUCCUUCGACGAGGACGACAGCAACGGCGACAUCGCCAACGACAGCAGCAGCAGUCUCGGCAGCACCGCUGACACCCCAGGACCGGCAUCACGCGCCGUGGUCGGCUCGAACACGGUAAGGCGCACCACCGCGGCAACGCAGCCGUCUGCAACACGGCUGCUGGUGUCUGCCACCACCACCACCACCACCUCUGCCUCUGUCGCGUUCGGGAAGGCCAGGUUGACACCAUCGACUGCAAAACAAACCAGGCUGAAGCUUCCCACCUGGUAA